GAUCUGCAUGGGCUCCGUGAUGACCCCCAGCCCCCACAUCCGCAAAUCAGAGGACACCAGGACCAAGGAGGAGGUGCUGCUCCUGGCCAAGGACUUCAUCGACCAGUACUACUCCUCCAUAAAGAGGCUCAUCUACGGGGCCAAGCACGCCUGGAGGAACGCGGCGCGCUGCGUGGGCAGGAUCCAGUGGUCCAAGCUGCAGGUGUUCGACGCCCGGGACUGCACCACGGCCCACGGGAUGUUCAACUACAUCUGCAACCACAUCAAGUACGCCACCAACAAGGGCAACCUCAGAAAUCCUGUUGAGAGUCGCACCCAUGGGCACACAAUUCCUGCCCACAGCACCCGAGGAGCAGGUGACCCUKCUGGAACAUCACCCCUGCCUUUAUUUCCCCCGCAGAUCUGCAUCCAGCAAGGCUGGAAGGCGCCGUAUGGGCGCUUCGACAUCCUGCCCCUGCUCCUCCAAGCCAACGGCAACGACCCGGAGCUCUUCGAAAUCCCGCCGGAGCUCGUGCUGGAAGUGCCCAUCCGGCACCCCAAGUUUGAGUGGUUUAAGGACCUGGGCCUGAAGUGGUACGGGCUGCCAGCGGUGUCCAACAUGCUCCUGGAGAUCGGGGGCUUGGAGUUCUCCGCGUGUCCCUUCAGCGGUUGGUACAUGGGCACGGAGAUCGGCGUCCGGGACUACUGCGACAACUCCCGCUACAACAUCCUGGAGCAAGUGGCCAAGAAAAUGAACCUGGACAUGAGGAAAACGUCCUCGCUGUGGAAGGACCAAGCCCUGGUGGAGAUCAACAUUGCCGUGCUCUACAGCUUCCAGAGUGACAAGGUGACCAUCGUGGAUCACCACUCGGCCACCGAGUCCUUCAUCAAGCACAUGGAGAACGAGUACCGGUGCCGGGGGGGCUGUCCGGCCGACUGGGUGUGGAUUGUGCCACCCAUGUCGGGCAGCAUCACCCCGGUGUUCCAUCAGGAGAUGCUCAACUACCGCCUGACGCCCUCCUUCGAGUACCAGCCCGACCCCUGGAACACCCAYGUCUGGAAAGGGGUCAAUGGGACACCCACCAAGAAGAGGGCCAUUGGCUUUAAGAAGCUGGCAAAGGCUGUGAAGUUCUCAGCCAAGCUGAUGGGCCAAGCCAUGGCCAAGAGGGUCAAGGCCACCAUCCUGUACGCCACGGAAACGGGCAAGUCGCAGGUGUACGCAAAAACCCUGUGCGAGAUCUUCAARCACGCCUUCGAUGCCAAGGUGAUGUCCAUGGACGAGUACGACGUGGUGCACCUGGAGCACGAAACCAUGGUCCUGGUGGUCACCAGCACCUUYGGCAACGGGGACCCGCCGGAGAACGGUGAGAAAUUCGGCUGCGCGUUGAUGGAGAUGAAGAAUCCCAAUUCCCACCUGGAGGAGAGGAAGAGCUACAAGGUCCGGUUCAACAGCGUCUCCUCCUACUCAGACGCACGGAAAUCCUCCGGUGAUGGCCCCGAGCCCAGGGACAACUUUGAGAGCACGGGGCCCCUGGCGAAUGUCAGGUUCUCGGUGUUCGGGCUGGGCUCCCGCGCUUACCCCCAUUUCUGCGCCUUCGCCCGCGCCGUGGACACGCUCCUGGAGGAGCUGGGCGGCGAGAGGAUCCUCCGCAUGGGAGAAGGGGACGAGCUCUGYGGCCAGGAGGAGUCCUUCAGGACCUGGGCCAAGAAGGUCUUCAAGGCAGCGUGUGACGUGUUCUGCGUGGGGGACGACGUCAACAUCGAGAAAGCCAACAACUCCCUGAUCAGCAACGACCGCAGCUGGAAGAGGAGCAAGUUCCGCCUGACCUACGUGGCCGAGGCCCCAGAGCUCACGCAAGGGCUGUACAGCAUCCACAAAAAACGCGUCUACGCAGCCCGGCUCCUCACGCGCCAGAACCUGCAGAGCCCCAAAUCCAGCCGCCUGACCAUUUUCCUGCGCCUGCACACGGACGGGCACCAGGGGCUGCAGUACCAGCCCGGGGACCACCUGGGRGUGUUCCCAGGGAACCACGAGGACCUGGUCAGUGCCCUCAUUGACCGGCUGGAGGAYGCCCCUCCGGCCAACCAGCUGGUGAAGGUGGAGCUGCUGGAGGAGAGGAGCACGGCUCUAGGUGUCAUCAGCAACUGGACAGACGAGAGCCGUGUCCCACCCUGCACCAUCUUCCAGGCCUUCAAGUACUACCUGGACAUCACCACGCCCCCCACGCCGCUGCUGCUGCAGCAGUUCGCCCUGCUGGCCACCAGCGACAAGGAGAAGAAACGCCUGCAGGUCCUCAGCAAGGGCCUGCAGGAGUACGAGGAGUGGAAGUGGUCCAAGAACCCCACGAUCGUGGAGGUGCUGGAGGAGUUCCCCUCRGUGCAGAUGCCCUCCACGCUGCUGCUCACACAGCUGCCCCUCCUCCAGCCCCGCUACUACUCCAUCAGCUCCUCGCCAGAGAUGUACCCGGGAGAGGUGCACCUCACCGUGGCCGUGGUGUCCUACCGCACCCGAGACGGAGAGGGACCGAUCCACCAUGGAGUGUGCUCCUCGUGGCUCAAUCGCAUCCAGCCGGAUGAAGUGGUGCCCUGCUUUGUGCGAGGGGCACCCGGGUUCCACCUGCCCCAGGACCCGCAGGUUCCCUGCAUCCUCAUCGGGCCCGGCACCGGCAUCGCCCCUUUCCGGAGCUUCUGGCAGCAGCGGCUCUUCGACAUCCAGCACAAAGACGUCCUCAAGGCCGUGCAGCGCAUCGUCAGGCAGCAGGGCCAGCUGUCGGCCGAGGAGGCUGGAGCCUUCCUCAGCAAGCUGCGGGAUGACAGCCGGUACCACGAGGAUAUUUUUGGAGUCACCCUGCGCACGUACGAGGUGACUAACCGCCUUAGAUCCGAGUCCAUCGCCUUCAUCGAGGAGAGCAAAAAAGACACCGAUGAGGUUUUCUGCUCCUAA